AUUACAAUUCAAAAACAUGUUCCUCCUUGGCAAAGAGCCAAAAAAGAAUUGCUUGCAGCCCAAAAAAUGGAGCAAUGGCUUCAGUCGCAGGCUAAUGACACCAGACAUCGAGCCCUGAUGGACAUGAUGGGAGGAGUCCUGGAAGUCAAGAAGGAAGAUAUUCUGAGAAUGGUGAUUCCUCAGCCUGCUUUCAUGGCAAAACCUGAUGCUAUAUGGACUGAAGAGGAAAGAAAACAAUUCAAAGACUAUGAGAAAAAAGUCAGGGAGUUAAAUGAAGAAAGAGAUAAGUAUAGAAAGUCCUUAGAAGCAGAAUUGAGGAAACUUCAAAACUCAAUUCAAGAAAGCACACAGAAUUUUGAUGAAUAUUUGAAAAGACUCUUUGAAAGGAGAGUGAAGGCAGAAAUGGUUAUCAACCAG